AUGCCCGCUACGCGCCCCGGUGGCGCGGGGCCCGCCCGCCCGCGCGCGUCCCAACCGCCCGGCGCGAGGGCGGCAAGGCCGCAGGAGGAGCAGAGCGCGACGCCGGGGACGACCGCCGGUGGUGUUCGUGGGCCCGCGUGCGAACCUCCGGAAGGCGGUGGCCCUACUGUGCGCGGCGGAGCUCCGGCGGCCGGAGGUCGGGCGAGGAGCGCCGCGAGCUCCGCCAUGGCCACCGCUGCGGGCCGCCCAGCCGCGGCCGCUCCGCUCCGCUCUGCGGCGUCGCGCGCGCGCCGCGCCCGCUUGCGCGCACCGUGGCCGCGGGUCCGCCCCGCCGCGGCCGGCGCUCGGAGGAGCCGAGAGCCGGAGCCGAGCCGAGACGUUCACCGGCGGUGGAGCGGAGGGUGCGCGCCGGCCCGCUUCACCGUGCGUCCUGCGCCGUGCGUGGCGGAGGGGUGCGUGGCGGCCGCUGGCUGCGAAGGGAGCAGGGGCGCCAUGCUGGCCAAGAGAGAGAGGGGGGACGGAGCGCCAUUCCGGCCGCUGGAGCUCAGCUCCCCCCCGCUUGCGCGCGCGAGGGGCGGAGAGGCGCCGUCCGGAUCCGCCGGCUCGCUGCCCCCCUGCUCCUCCGCCGCCGCGUCGGCCAUGGAUGUCGUCUCCGCCGCGCACGAGCCGGAACGCAGAGCGAGGAGGGAGCAGGGGCCGCCGCGGCCGAGCGCGCCCGGCCCUGCUCAACACGCUACCGUGGCCGCUGGAGAAGGAGGCCAAUGGAAAGGGCCGGCGGAGAGGGAGGUGCGGGGUGGCGCGGAGGAGGGUGCGGCUCGCCGAGGAAGCCUGGAGGCCGCCGCUGGUCAAGGCCAACGUCGCCCACGCACGCCCAGGCCCGCGCACGAGCUGGCGCCGCCGGAGUGGAGGGAGGGCGAGGAAUCGAGGGCCGGCGCCGGCGCCUCCGCUCGGCCAGCGAGCUCGAGGGCGGCAGAGGAAGCUGUCCGCGGCGGGGCACCAUCUUCAGCACCUGGGGCGUCGCGGAGGGAGGAUGGGGAGGGGGUGCAUGGCCUCGCCGGCCACCGCCGGCCCAAGCUGACCCUAGACACGGCGGCCUUCUCACCGGCGCAGUGGAGAAGAGAAGAAGGGGAGGCGGAGGACAGACGAUCCAGUCGAGGGAGAGAGACACGGGGGAGGAACGGUGGGAGUCAAAAAAAUAGAGGGGAGGCUGACGGGCCGGUCAUGGGUAGUUUGGUACAGAGAAUGAUAAAUAUGACGGGUGUAGUAAAAUUGAGUGUAGAGUAA